CACAAACUGUCUUUGUUGUUGUGGUCUCUCGCAGGUCCCGCUCCCGGUCGCCGCGGAUAGGUUCUGGCAGGUUCAGGCCCUGUGCGUCUCUUCCUGGGCAAUUCGAAACGCCAGAUCCAUUCCAGCACAUCAGCUGUGACUACAUGGCAUACAGGAAGGUUUGUGACACCCAGAGUGGUCCAAUGGUCGGUGAAGGUCUGCACUGCUCUGGAGGUCUGGAUCUGGACUGGGACCUGGACAAGGAGGUGCUACAGGAACCAGGGCCCAGCAUGGACCGCAUGCAGAUGCAACAUGUAGACUGCCAGAGAUCAGGGUGUUCAGACCCCGGCCCUGACCCUGACCCAGAACUGAUGGAAUCCAUCCAGCCAUCUGUGUCUGUUUCGCCACAUGGACGAUUUGAACGUCUCCAGGAAGAUCCAAACUACAUUUCCCACUUCACCAGGGCUCCGGGCCACAAAGGCCAGCGACGACUCCAAUGCUUUCUGCUCAGGUACUUCCUGGCAGGGGUGGGGCUUUUCGUCCUGGGUCUCCUGAUUGGCUGGUUCACACACACACCUGCCGUCAAACCAGCCGCUCCUCCGGCCGACAGCUCAGACCUGCUGGAGGAUCUGCUGAAAGGAAUCACAGCCGAUAAGAUAAACGCUCUGCACAGGUCCUUCUCCAGCCUAUCAGAUGACAGUGAGGAAGCCGUAGCCAGGUACCUCUCCAGGCAGUGGGUUGGACUCGGUUUAAAUGACGUCCAUCUGUCCAAUCACACCGUUCUGCUCAGCCUGCCUGGUUCCACACCUAACACCAUCACCGACAGGUCCAGUCACCAGUGUUUCCUGCCCAACGGGAUCCCAUGUGACCAGCGUGGACCGAAUGAUCUGCCCAAGCAACAGUUCUCCUAUGCAGCCUACUCUGCUGUUGGAAGUCUGCAGGGGGAGGUGGUGGAUGUGCAGUACGCCGGAGUUGACGACAUCCGCAGGGCCAAAGACAGCCUGAACCUCAGCAACCAGAUCGCCGUGGUCAAGCUUGGCCGAGCACCUCUACUGUACAAGCUAUCCCUCCUGUCUGAGCUGGGUUUUGGAGGUGUUCUGCUCUACAUCGACCCAUGUGACGUCCCCCCAGGACGACACGCCUGGCAUCAAGCCUUCAGAGUAACCCUCAACCCCGGAGGAAACCCGGCCAUCUCUGAGGUGUCAAAAGAGGCUGGAAGAAGUCUGACGUCUCUCUUGGUGCAGCCCAUCUCAGCCUUCCUGGCAAAGACGUUACUGUCCUCCCCGUCCACGGGGCAGGGAGACUCCUGUGUUCCUCUAGCCAUGCCUCCCAACACAGAACGAAAGAAGAUUACUCUGACUGUUGGAAAUCAACUGUCCUCCAAGAAGAUCUACAAUGUUGUUGGAUACCUGAAAGGAAAGAGAAACCCAGAUCGCUAUGUGCUAGUUGGGAGUCGUCAUGACAGUGACCAAGGAGGCGGAGCUUCAAUCAUCAUGAAUCAGCUGAUCGCAGCGUUGACAGAGCAGACCAAACAUGGAUGGGUGCCAGACCGUACCACAGUGUUCUGCUCGUGGGGAGGCUCAGCCCUGGGGAACAUCGGGUCCUAUGAGUGGGGAAAGGAUAACAGUGUUGUUCUACAGAGCAGUGCAGUGGCCUACGUCAGUCUGAACUCCCCAGUUAGAGGGACAGAGACUCUCCAAGCUACAGCGUCUCCAACACUGCUGCAGCUGACCUCAGACAUACAGAGAAGACAGCUGCUGAGUUGCAUCCGUGGGGGGAACUGCCCUGGACCCAACGUCAGCUCGCUGCAGUUGCCUGGAGAUGUGAAUUUCUUUGCCAACCAACUGGCGGUGCCCACCGUGGAGUUCGCCUUUGAGCAGACCAAAGCAGAAGAGACCACCAGUUUCCUGUCUGAAGCCCAAUUUUCUGCUGAGUCACCAGAGACGCUGGAUCCACUUUUCAAGUUCCACGAAACCAUUGCUAAGAUGACAGCAGAAGCCAUUCUCCGCCUGGUCAAUGAUCCUGUGUUGCCAUUCUACCCUCUGGACAUUGCCCUAGAUGUUCAAAACAAACUCAAAGACAAGAGCGUGGUAACUCAACCCAUGCUUUCCACAGCCUCCUCUCUGAGAGACCAUGCAGCUUUCUUCCAAUCAGAAACAAUGCGGCCGGCAAAUGACCCUAAAGAGCGGGACCCCUCCCACGUACGGAUGCUGAAUGAUGUCCUCCGUGACCUGGAGAAGAGCUUCAUCCUCCCACAGACACCGCCUGGAGUUUAUAGGAACCUGCUGUACAGCCUCCCAGGGAAGACCCCCCAGUUCUCCAUCCUCAGGUUCUCACAGGAAGCCGUCCUACAUUGCAACGUCACCAGCAAAGCCACCAGCAAAGGUCUCAAACACAACUCGGCAGCCAAGGAAGUGCUCUGCCACAGCACGAUGAACCAGUCUCUGACCCUCAUCCUCCGGGCCAUCCGCUCCGCCGAGAGGCUGGUGUGUUUUGGCAUGGGCUUGUUUGAAAAUUACCCAAAUAAUAAAAAAUGA